AUGGCUUUAAAGGAAAGAUUUAGGCUUACUGAAAGUAAUUAUAAGAAAGAAAACGACUCUUUGAGAGACUUGAUGGUGGACACUGUGAAACAGUUAAAGAAAUACAAAAACUGUCAGGAGCAGAACCAGCAAGGGGCCUCAUGUGCUCAAGAAGAUCUGCUGUUUAAAGAAUGUAUCAACAACACCUUGAAAAACAUGUUUCCAUCUAUCAUUGAUGAUUUUACUGAACUUGAAAAAACACUGAAUGAACAGCUGGCGGUUUGUAAAGAAACUGUGAGCACCUUGAAGAACAAGUAUUCAUUCAUGUAUGAUUAUAUUUGUCAAGAGAGUCCAAAUGAAAAUAAGGAUAUCCAAAAAGAACUGCAGCAACUCAAACUCAAAGAAAAAGAGUUGGAACGGAAACUUAAGGAAGCAGAGGACAGAUUAAGGCUGGAGAAAGAUCUGAGUAGAAGAGAGAAGGAUCUGGAAUCCAAAGAGAGAGCAACGGUAAAUAAAGAGCAAGACAUUCAGCCUGGUGGAGAAGAGCAUCUAACUUGUCCUGGGUUGUCUAACACUAAACAGCGAUCUGUAAAUGAAAGAAAAGGAGAGUUGACAAGCAAAGAUGAAGAUUUACAUGACUCUGAAUCACCUGAGUUUGGAAAACCUGUGAGACGCAACAGCAGCCAAUCCAUGCCACCUGAAAUGACUGAACAUGAACAUGGACCCCUAAACACACUCUGAAAUGACAGGUGUCAGUUGGAGGAUUCAACAUCAACAUUUCACUUCAUUUAUAUUCAACAGACAACUCAAAAUGUUGUAAAAGUGAUAUAUCCAAACAAUCUGCAUGUGUGAAACACCUCACAGAUGUCAAAAACAUGGAAUAACAACACAGCCUAAAAUCACUGUGGUUUCUGAGCAGCUGAACAGGAAGUGAAAUUAUCAUCAUUCGCUGGCAUG